GAUGCUGCUGAGAUACCGGGGUACCUUUCUGAGCUCAAGGCUGCAUGGUGGCAAGCAACAGCACAGGAGGUAGUUGCUCAGUGGCGGUGGAGUUCAGGUGGUGCUGCAUGAUGCCAGGAUGGCACCUCUGCUUCCCCCUGUUGGUUCAGAAGUCUUCCGACGCUUCACGCCAGCCUCGCUGGUGGAAAUCCAACGACGACAUGAGGAGGAGGAGAAGGAAAAACAGAGGAGGAAGGAGAAAAACAUAGAGAUAGCAGAGGAAAAUCUUCCUAAACCUGCCAGCGACCUGGAGGCUGGGAAGCCCCUCCCAUUCAUCUAUGGAGAUCCGCCCCCUGACUUUAUCAACAUCCCUCUGGAGGAGCUUGAUCCCUUUUACCAGUCACAGAUGACCUUCAUCGUGCUUGGUAAAGGAAACGUCAUCUACAGGUUCAAUGCCGAGCCGGCCUGUUACCUGCUGUCUCCGUUCAGCAAGCUGAGGCAGAUUUCCAUAAGGAUCCUCAUUCACUCUUUGUUCAGUAUGUUCAUCAUGGUGACAAUCCUGGCCAACUGUGCGUUCAUGACAAUGAGCGAUCCUCCGCCUUGGAGCAAGACUGUCGAAUACGUGUUCACUGGUAUCUACACAUUUGAAGCAACGACUAAAGUUCUGUCACGAGGAUUCUGCAGAGGAGGAUUCACCUUCCUCAAAGACCCCUGGAACUGGCUGGACUUCAUGGUCAUCAGCAUGGCGUACCUAACAGAGUUUGUAGAUUUGGGAAAUGUUUCCGUGCUGAGGACCUUCAGGGUUCUUCGAGCUCUGAAGACCAUCACAGUCAUCCCAGGUCUGAAGACGAUCGUCGGAGCUCUCAUCCAAUCAGUGAAGAAGUUGGCCGAUGUCAUGAUCCUGACGGUGUUCUGUCUCAGCGUCUUCGCUCUGAUUGGUCUGCAGCUCUUCAUGGGAAACUUGCGGCAGAAAUGUGUCCUAAUACCUCCCAUAUUUCUGAGCAACCAGACGUCUGACGGCGAUCUGGACGCUGGGUACCCUGGCAAUGACACCUAUGGCAACUUUACCUUUGGCAAUAACACCCAUGGAAAUGAUACAGGCUUUGAUUUCUAUAAACACAUCAACGACCCAGCAAACUACUACUAUCUUCCUGAUCAAAUUGAUGCUCUGCUGUGUGGAAACAGCUCUGAUGCUGGGGUCUGUCCCGAGGGUUACAUGUGUCUGAAGGCAGGCAGAAAUCCAAACUAUGGCUACACCAGCUACGACUCGUUUGGGUGGGCAUUCCUGGCACUCUUCAGACUGAUGACUCAAGACUUCUGGGAAAACCUCUUCCAGCUGACUCUCCGAGCUGCAGGUAAAACUUACAUGAUCUUCUUCGUGAUUGUCAUCUUCCUCGGCUCCUUCUACCUCAUUAACCUCAUCCUGGCGGUGGUUGCAAUGGCGUACGCUGAGCAGAAUGAGGCCACUAUCGCGGAGGCCAAACAGAAAGAGGAGGAAUACGCUCAGAUCCUGGAGGCACUGAAGAAGAGAGAGGAGGAGCAGGCAGCCUGCAGGGCGGCGCUGGCUGAGAAGCAAAACCAAGACAGGAAGAAUUCAUCUGGAGAAAUACAGAGCCAGGAACAUAACGUCAUGGAUGACUUUGAGGAUGACCAGCGACCCUGUCCUCCAUGUUGGUAUGCCUUUGCCAACAUCUUCUUGAAGUGGAACUGUUGUGGCUGCUGGUGUUGGAUCAAAAAGUGGCUCUACAUCUUCGUCAUGGACCCAUUUGUGGACCUUGGCAUCACCAUCUGCAUCGUCCUCAACACCGUCUUCAUGGCCAUGGAGCAUUAUCCGAUGACGGAGGACUUUGAGAACCUUCUGAGCGUCGGGAAUCUGGUCUUCACAGGGAUCUUCACAGCUGAGAUGGUCCUCAAACUUCUAGCCAUGGACCCGUACUACUACUUCCAGGUGGGCUGGAACAUCUUCGACAGCAUCAUCGUCACGAUGAGUCUGGUUGAGCUGGGAUUGGCUAACGUCCAGGGCCUGUCUGUGCUGCGCUCCUUCAGAUUGAUGCGAGUGUUCAAGCUCGCCAAAUCGUGGCCAACCCUCAACAUGUUGAUAAAGAUCAUCGGGAACUCGGUGGGAGCUCUGGGGAACCUGACUCUGGUCCUGGCCAUCAUCGUCUUCAUCUUCGCGGUCGUCGGCAUGCAGCUGUUUGGAAAGAGCUACAAAGACUGCGUGUGUCGCAUCUCGCUGGACUGCGAGCUUCCUCGCUGGCACAUGUACGACUUCUUCCACGCCUUCCUCAUCAUCUUCAGAGUCCUGUGUGGAGAGUGGAUUGAGACCAUGUGGGACUGCAUGGAGGUCGCGGGUCCGGCCAUGUGUCUGAUUGUCUUCAUGAUGGUUAUGGUCAUCGGAAACCUGGUGGUCCUGAAUCUGUUCCUGGCCUUGUUGCUGAGCUCAUUCAGCGGUGAUAAUCUGUCUGCUACAGAAGAAGAAGGAGAAAACAACUUGCAGAUCGCUAUAAACCGGAUCGAUAGAGCUGUAGCCUGGACCAAGGCCUGGUUCCUAGGACAUAUCUGGGUUUUGAUGGGAAAGAAAGACCACGUCAAUCCAGGCGAAAAUGAGGUCAGCAUAGAGGAAGACAACAGUCCCACUAAGGAGGUCUUGGCUUUGACUUACGUGACCCCGGACGAGACAGCGCCAGACAACGAAGCCCACAACUUUCACCAUGACAACCUCUUAACAAGCAACUACCACAGCAUCACGUCCCUGAGGGUCCCCAUUGCUGAGGGGGAGUCCGACUUUGAGACCCCGGAUAAUGAUGAUGAUGAGGAGGAGGAGGAAGAAGAGGAAGAGGAGGAGGAAGAGGAGGAGGAGGAUAAGGGAGAGGAGGAGUGUGAUGACUCGUCGAUCUGCAGCACCGUACAGAGACUUCCAGAAGUCCAGGAGGAAGAAGAGGAUGAGGAACAGGAUGCAAACUUACCUGUGGACUGCUACACUGACAAGUGUUUUCAACGCUGCCCAUUCCUGAACGUAGACACGUCCCAGGGAAGAGGGAAGCUGUGGUACAUCUUCAGGAGAACCUGCUUCUCCAUCGUAGAACAUAACUACUUUGAGACUUUCAUCAUUUUCAUGAUCCUGUUGAGCAGUGGAGCGCUGGCCUUUGAGGACAUCAACCUGGAGCAACGGCGUGCCAUAAAGAUCAUCCUGGAGUACGCUGACCAGGUCUUCACCUACGUGUUCGUGAUAGAGAUGUGUCUCAAGUGGUGCGCCUACGGAUUCAAGACUUACUUCACCAACGCCUGGUGCUGGCUCGACUUCCUCAUUGUCGAUGUAUCUCUGGUGUCUCUGACAGCCAACAUCCUGGGAUACUCUGACUUGGGAGCCAUCAAAUCUCUGAGGACUCUGAGAGCUCUGAGACCCCUGAGGGCUCUGUCUCGCUUCGAGGGCAUGAGGGUGGUUGUGAACGCCUUGGUUGGAGCCAUCCCGUCCAUCUUUAACGUCCUGCUGGUGUGCCUGAUCUUCUGGCUGAUCUUCGGCAUCAUGGGAGUGAAUUUGUUUGCGGGGAAGUUUUAUUUCUGUUACAAUGAGACGUCUCAGGAGAUGUUUAGCCCAGAAGAAGUCAACAACAAGACGGAGUGUCUGGCCCUGAUAAAGGAAAACUUCACCGAGGUCCGCUGGAAGAAUGUUAAGGUCAACUAUGACAACGUGGGACUGGGAUACCUGUCGCUGCUGCAAAUCGCCACAUUUAAGGGCUGGAUGGCAAUCAUGUACGCAGCUGUGGAUUCAAGAGACGUGGAGUCUCAGCCAAUGUAUGAGGCAAAUUUGUACAUGUACGUUUACUUCGUCUGCUUCAUCAUCUUCGGCUCCUUCUUCACCCUUAACCUCUUCAUCGGAGUCAUCAUCGACAACUUCAACCAGCAGAAAGCUAAGAUGGGGGGAACAGAUCUAUUCAUGACUGAAGAGCAGAAGAAAUAUUACAAUGCCAUGAAAAAACUGGGCUCCAAAAAACCUCAGAAACCGGUCCCACGGCCUGACAAUAAGUUCCAGGGUUUGGUCUUCGACCUGGUCACCCAACAGUUUUUCGACAUUUUCAUCAUGGUGUUGAUCUGCCUCAACAUGGUGACCAUGAUGGUGGAGACGGACGAGCAGAGUGCAGAGGUAGAACUCCUCCUGUACAGGGUUAACCUGGUCUUCAUCGUGGUCUUCACCGCAGAGUGCUCUCUGAAGAUCAUCGCGCUGCGGCACCACUACUUCGCCGUGGGCUGGAACAUCUUUGACUUUGUGGUCGUCAUCUUGUCCAUCGCUGGCCUCCUCCUUGCCGACAUCAUAGAGAAGUAUUUUGUCUCCCCCACACUCUUCCGUGUGAUCCGACUGGCACGUAUCGGCCGAGUCCUUCGACUCAUCCGUGGAGCUAAGGGGAUCCGGACCCUCCUGUUUGCCUUGAUGAUGUCUCUUCCCGCCCUCUUCAAUAUCGGCCUCCUCCUCUUCCUCAUCAUGUUCAUCUUCUCCAUCUUCGGCAUGUCUAACUUUGCGUACGUGAAGAAAGAGGAGAUUAUUGACGACAUGUUUAACUUUGAGACUUUUGGGAACAGCAUGAUUUGUUUAUUCAUGAUUACCACAUCAGCCGGAUGGGACGGUCUGUUGAGCCCCAUCAUGAACACGCCGCCAGAUUGUGACCCAAACAUAGAGAACCCAGGGUCCCAGGUCAGAGGGAACUGUGGCAGCCCAGGCUUGGGUAUUGUCUUCUUCACCACCUACAUCAUCAUGUCCUUCUUGGUUGUGGUCAACAUGUACAUCGCCAUCAUCCUGGAGAACUUUAACGUGGCAACAGAGGAGAGCGCCGACCCGCUGUGUGAGGACGACUUUGAAAUGUUCUACGAAACCUGGGAGAAGUUUGAUCCAGACGCCUCCCAGUUCAUCCAGUACAGCAAGCUCUCUGAUUUUUGUGACACUCUGAAGGAUCCUCUGAAGAUUCCCAAACCAAACACAAUCAAACUGAUCCACAUGGAUCUGCCACUGGUUCCUGGAGACAAGAUCCACUGUCUGGACAUACUGCUUGCCCUCACUGCACAGGUUCUGGGUGAAUCAGGAGAGAUGGAUGCUCUCAAAGCCAGCAUGGAGGAGAAGUUCAUGGCCAACAACCCCUCCAAGGUGUCCUACGAGCCAAUCAGCAGCACUUUGAGGAGGAAACAGGAAGAGGUGGCAGCCUCAGUGAUCCAGAGAGCGUACAGGAAACACCUCCUGCAAAGAACGGUCAAACUGGCGUCAUACAAAUACAGAGAGAAAACCGAGGGCCGGCGAGACCUGGCGCCGCUACCAGAGAGCGAAGGACAUCUCUACAAACGGAUUGGUCAACUGUAUGGAGACGGGGAAGAGACCGAGAAGCCGUGUGUCUCAGGUGAGGAUCCUCCCGCCCAGGUGGAGCUGCAGAGCGAGUUUCUCCUUCGCGCCGCCCCUCCCCUCAGAACCCUCGACGUCCUACUUGAUGAGGACCUGAAGGAGUCCAUUGUCUGACGAGCGCAACAUGUUCUCCCGCCACUUGUGAGGUGUUCUCCUGUGAGAGGAGCGAGGACUCGGCAGAGGAGCGACAGAUCGCAGCAGAGACGACUGUGUAUCUGAUGAGGGAACGCUACCGAUCCAACGUUAGUGAUAAAAAUCUACUGCAAGUUUCCAUAAACUGAGAGUGGAUUCUGUGCUCUUCGUCUUCUGGCUUUGCACUGAAAACAUUUUAUUAUUGCAUCUUUAUUUUUCAUUUUUGCGCUAUGCUGUUUUUUGUUUCUAGAUCUCAUGUACAUGAUACUAACCUUACCUAUUUAUAGUACAGAAAGCAGUUUAACUCAAAAGUCCUUCACAACGCCAACCCACUCGACGCUUACACUGCUGUGAUGUCGAGGCCAUCGAGCCAAUGAGAGCCAAGAAUGGGCCAGUCAGCAGCCAAUCAGAGCUGCUUCAGAUUAAGCAAACUAUUCCUGGGACAGUUUUGGGGGAUUUACCUCCUUAAAGUCCAACAUGAAGCAGUCGUAUCCUUACUGUUUCUGAUCAUUACUCAGUCCCUCCAGGAUUUCCCAGGGUUUUUUUUGUGAUUGUUGCGGCCCAAAAAGCCUGAUUUUGUGACAGCUUUUUGAAAAAGUUGCAGUGAAAGUUGCGAUUUUGGGGGGAUUUUUUUCCCCAAUAGCAUCUCAGUGUCAAGUAAAUAUACUAAAUUACAGUUGUGUUUAGAAAACA